GACGACCCGUCGGUAAUCACAUCAUUAACUGCCAAGUUUUCGGCCACAACUGCCCUGGAGUUGGCCUUAUUUGAUGUGUUGAAAGCCCUGGAUGUGACGCCCGACGGCAUAAUUGGCCACUCAUUUGGUGAGAUUGCCUGCGCUUAUGCCGACGGCUGUCUCACCCGACGGGAGGCUAUGAUUAUCACGUAUUUGAGGGGAAAUGUUACCCAAAAUGACCGCAAAAUGACCAAAGGAUUGAUGGCGGCGGUGGGGCUGUCGAGGGCUGAGGCCAUGAAGUACUGUCCCAAAGGGGUGGAAGUGGUCUGCAAUAACGGGAAGGAUAGUUGCGUUGUGUCCGGUCUAAUGAAUGAAAUGCUAGACUUAAUCAAACGAUUGCAAGAAAAGCGUGUAUUUGUCCGACAGUUAGAGAGCAGUGAAAUACCAUUGCAUUCGCAAUAUAUGGUCACUUCAGCCAAACCGAUGAUAGAGGUUAUCAAGAAAUACCUGCCGGAGCCGCGGCUCAGGUCUGGCAAAUGGCUGUCCACUGCUGUGUCCGGUCAGGACGAGACAGCAAACGAGACAUUACGGUACGCGUCGGCCGAGUAUUUUGUACACAAUCUGAUACAUUAUGUCAACUUUUACGACCGGCUCCGGGAGUUGCCCACCGACGCCGUAGUCGUCGAGUUGGGCCCGCACUCAGUGUUCGGCCGAAUAGUGACCGAAACGCUCGACAACUGUCACUACAUAUCGCUAUUAAAAAAGGACUCAAACGCGACAAAUAUGGACACAUUUUUGUCCGGAUUGGCCCAACUCUACGAACUGGGCUUCAAUCUGGCCGUCGAUGGGCUGUACGCGCCGGUCGACUGGCCAGUGGCCAGGAAUACACAGUCCAUCUCAUCGCUAAUCAAAUGGGAUCACUCGCGUGAGUUUGACUGCCGGCUAUACCCCGAUCGGUGGUGUCAGUCGACGGCUGGCGACUCUACUCAUGUGGUGCGGUACCAGAAAAAUGAGGACCAGUUUUACAUGAAUCACGCCAUAGAUGGUCAGCCUAUUUAUCCGGCCACCGGGUAUUUGAUGCUCGCGUGGCGUAAAGUGGCCGCCAGUGUCGGCAAAUUGUGGACAGACUGUCCGGUGGUGUUUGAAAACGUACACUUCAGACGAGCCGUGUUUUUGUCCGAUUCGACUAACGUUAAGCUUAAAGUGAAAUACAUUUCCACAUUAAACGAGUUCCUCAUUUACGACAACAGUAACCAACUGUGCGUUUCGGGUCGAGUGCGGGCGCCGGACGCCGAGGCGGACGACGUGUUGAACGCGCAGCACGUGUUACACGAAUCAUGCAAACAGACCGCCAACGACUAUACCCUGGAAAGGGACGACAUAUACAAAGACCUACGGGUAUUGGGUCUGGACUACGGGCCAGAGUUUCAACGGCUGCGCAAAGUCGGCACAACUGAUUUCCACCAGUUUUACGGCCUAAACGAGUGGACG